GGUGGUGACGGGAGGCGGUUACUAUGGUUACCAGCAUUACAAGAGGCGGGACCGCGAGGAUGGAGCCCCGCCUGCUCUGGCCACGCCCACUCAGGUAAGGGGACGUUGCCGGUGCGCAGUCUAAGGGGCCGCGGCCGUGCGGGACUCGAACGACGGCCAAGAGCACGCAUGGUGAGCGGCGGUGAGAUGUGUCGCCACGGCGAUGGCACAUGUCGUAAGCGACAUGUGAGGAGAACGAGGGAGGGGGGAGGAAGAGGAGGAGGAGGAAGGUUGAAGCGAGCAGCCGCACGACUUGGGUAACAAAGUGUGUGUGUGUGUGUGUGUGUGUGUAUGCGCAUGAGUGUUUUUGCUGUCAGCAUUGGUUGUAUGUGUGUUUUUGUUGUAUGUGUGUCUUUGUGUGAGUGUUGUGUGUGAGAUGUGAUUGUUAGUUGUGUUUGUGUAUGCAUUUUUAAAGUGAGUGUCGGUUGUGUUUGUUUUUGUGGGUGUAUGCUUGGUGUGUGUGUAAGAUAUGUUUGUUGUGUGUCAGGUGUGUGAUUAUGUUUGUGUGCCUAGUGUGUGUGUGAGGUGUUUGUUGCAUGUGUGUUGUAGCUUGAGAUGAUGCUAAUUCCGCUUGAUCCCGUCCUAACCCACUUAGUUCACAUGUGCACGCAGAAUUGUAUCUUCUGUCGUGUGUGUGUGUGUGUGCGAGAGACCACCUGAUGAUUUAGUUUUAACAAAAUCAUAUAAGUACAGUAGUCCCUCGUUUAUUAGACAAAAUGCCGCUAAGUUGUGGCCAUAUUUUCGUGUUAUAAUUUGUGUGUGUAUAUACGUCUAUACACACACAGUAUUUUAAAGCUCUAUGCAUAAUCCCAAUGCAAAAUACGCACGUGAGGAGCAGCUGUUAUUUUUGUCCACUAGGGGUCACUAUAUAGACUUUGAAUGUGUGACUUGAAAAGGCGGGGCCCGGCCUGGUAAGUGUCUUUUGCGUCGGCCAAUGAGGGUGCAGACUUGACUGUAAAAUCUGCGAUGCAAAAGUGUUAAAAAGCCGCGAUACAGUGCGGCCGCGGAAAGCUAGCCGGGACCUGGUGAGGGACGGCUGUCGUUUGGUAACGCUUCCGAAGUGGCUACCUUCCUAUUCUUCCUCUUCCUCAUCAAAUGUCGAACGGACCAAUCAGACUGCAGCUUCCGUAUUUGGCUCGUCGUCAUUUGAGCGUGCUCAGAGCGCGCGUGCGCGGCUCCGCCCCCUGGUGUCGCCGGCCUAUCGCAUUCAUCUGCUACUUCCCGCCCGUGCGCACGCUGCGGCCGCCGGCCAAUCGGGUGGCGCUAUAUCGCUCCUUCCCGACUCGCCUGCUGUCUCGGGCGUGGGGGCGUGUCAACGACGUGGAGCUUCCCGCGUGGUUGCGCAAACCCGUCUACUCGCUCUACAUCAGGACCUUUGGAGUCAACAUGCAGGAAGCCGCAGUGGAGGACUUGCGUCACUAUCGGAAUCUCGGAGAGUUUUUCCGGCGGGGUCUCAAAGAGUCGGCGCGUCCGCUUUGCUCCGCCUCCUGCCUGGUGUGUCCAGCAGAUGGCAGGAUCGUUCACCUUGGUCGUGUGUUGAGUUCUGAGGUGGAGCAAGUGAAGGGCGUCACGUACAGUCUCGAACACUUCCUCGGGCCGCGAGACGGACGCAGCGACGCGUUUGCGGCCACGCGUGCGGACUCGUCUUUGUCGUUCCGGGACCGCCUCCUGACGAGUCACGACAACGAGCUGUUCCAUGUGGUCGUGUACUUGGCGCCCGGCGACUAUCAUCGCUUCCACUCGCCUGCCGACUGGACGGUGGCGCUCAGGCGGCACUUCACAGGUUCUCUGCUAUCGGUGAGUCCAGGCGUGGCGGGCCGGGUGAAGGAGUUGUUCUGCCUGAACGAGCGCGUGGCUCUCAGCGGCCGAUGGCGGCACGGCUUCUUCUCCUUCACGGCCGUGGGCGCCACCAACGUGGGCUCCAUACGCAUCUACUUCGACCAGGAGCUGCAGACGAACGCGCCUCACGACAAGAAAGGUCGUUUCCAUGACCUCCGGUAUGCGGGGGCGGAGCCGGCCGAAGGGGGCGUGGCCCUGCAGCGGGGCGAGGCGGUGGGCGAGUUCAACUUGGGCUCCACCGUGGUGGUCCUCUUCGAAGCGCCCAAAAGUUUCGCCUUCAGCGUCAAGCCGGGACAAACCGUGCGGGUGGGCGAAGGGCUGGGCAGCCUCUGAUUGGCUGAUCCAACUCGGGGGGGAGGGGCUUCCAAACAUGACAUUUGGAGGACUUUUCCGACGAUGCCUUGCAGCUGUCCUGCCUUCGAGACUACUUGUUGGAUUGGCUUCACGUGAAAACAUUCUCAUUGUCAUAAAUAUUCCAAAUAAUCAAAGCAUCCAAAUUAAAAUAUUUUUUUUAUUUAAGAGGAAGAUUUUUUUUUUUUUUUUUGUCAAGCAUUCUGAUUUAAGACCGGCCCUUAAAAUGAUGCCAUUCAAAUAUUUAUAUGAUAUGAAUAAAUAUACAGUCGUACCUGCACUUACGACCACGCAUAUUUGUGGUUCGGCAAUCGCUGAUUUUUUUUUUUUUUACCUAUGACCUAUUCUUUGCGCUAUUAUCAUUAUUAUUAGUAGUAGUAGUCACACAUUUUUUUCAAUAUAUUUUUUUUAAUUCAUAGAAAUUAAUGUCAAUUAUUUACAGAUUUUAGUUUUUAAACCUGUCCAGUUUUUCACUGUACUUUUGGCCCAAUCCCCAUUUAUUCCUUUUGUAUUUUUUGGGGUAAAAUAAUGGCAAUUAUAAUGAGUGUCAUUUUACUUUCAGAUUGUCACCCUUAUUCGUGCUUUUUAGGGACUGGCUGCUCUGAUUUUCUUUUUUCUUUGAAGAUUUUUUUUCAAGGCAAAUAAUAAGCGUCAGUGAACCUAACCCCCGUUAUUCGCGGAACCCUUCACGUAGUCAAAUAUUUUUGGACGCAAUCCCUCGCUUACAUCAGCGUUUUCGUAAUUGGGUUAAAAAAUAUUUUCCUCAAGGCAAUGACAACAAGUGUCAAUUAUUCACAGAUUUUAGGGGGGUGAAGAAACAUCACAGCGUUUAUUCCGGGUGUCAUUUAUUCGUGGACCUCGUGGAGUGAAGGCGCUGCGAUGCCCUGGCAUGUUGGCAAGGAGAGCCACGGUCGUCACUUAUUGAACAGAACAAACAUUUCAACGCAAAUACAAAAUGAACACACUCACAAGGAACCGCUGUAGACCACAACUCACACCCAGACGCUCGCACAGACUAACUGGCCACUUGGACUCCAGAUACUGACUUCACGCUCGAGGCCACGCCCCUUAAAGCCUCGCCCCAGGCAGCAGCAGCACAACCAAUAGGAGAGAGGCUUGCAGCAGUCGCCGUGGCAGUGAAAGCGCGGUUGGGCGAGCCCGCCGUGCGACCACGCAUCGGCGCCGCCGACGUCCUUGGACGCCCACGUGGUCUUCCCGUCCCGGGCCGCCGCCUUGCCGGUCGACGCCCCCUCGCCGCUGCGAGGGGCGGAGCCGGCGUGCGUCUUGAGUGCCAGGAAAGAGGUCAAGUCCAGGUCCAGUGCGGUGGCGCCCCCGCGCGGACGAGGUGUGUUCUGCCGGCACUGAGGACACGGGAUCCACACCUGACGAUUGCAGGACGAUUUAAUCGCAGUGCGCUGCAACAGGUUAUGGAAGCCGCGAAAGGGUAAAAAUCUAUUUUUACUAUUUCAAAAAAGAAGAAUGUAUCUGAUGUAUCUAGCUUUCUCACUAGCCAGCUACAACUCUUUAGCUAGGUAGCUAGCUAGCUACAAGUCUAGCUAUUUAGCUUGUGAGCAGGAAACCUAUUUAAAUAGUCAGCAACAAAUCUACCUCGCAAGCCCGCAACAAAUGUAUCUAGCUGUCUUCCUAGUUAGCUACAAAUCCAUAUAUCUCUGGCUAGCUUGCUAGCUCCAAAUCUAGCUACAAACUAGCUGUCUUGUGUAAUGUCAAUGUAGGGGGUGUGGUCUCAAGCGUAGUGUAGAUUAGGGCCCGACCGUUUAAUCGGCCAGCAAAUGUAAUAUCAUCCGAUAUUCACCCUUUUCAAAUCGGCACCGAUUUUUUUACAGACAGAAAAUGGAUGGAUGGAUUUUUUUGCACAUUAACAAAAAUAAUGAUAUUCAAACAUCCAUCCAUCCAUUUUCUGUCCCGCUUCUCCUCAGUAGGGUCGCAGGCGUGCCUCAGCCUCUCUCGGCUAUCUUCGGGCGAGAGGCCGGGGUGCACCCUGAACCGGUCGCCAGCCAAUCGCAGGGCGCAUAGAAACAAGCAACCAUUCGCACUCACAACCUACGGGCAAUUUACGCAGCCAUGCCAUGAGAACAUGCAAACUCCACACAGGCGGGGCCGGGGAUCGAACCCGGGUCCUCAGAACUGUAAGGCAGACGCGAUAUUCAAAGAAAACAAACACAAAUCGGCCAGUUUUUGCCAAUUUUUCUGUCUCGUAAAGUUAAUAAAUACUAAAGGACAAAGUAUUUACAGUAUUGUUAAAUUCAACCAAAUGUCUGAAUCGGCAUCGGCCUCAAUACAAUCCCCAUCGGUCGCCCCUACCGUCAGACCCCGCCCACUAGAUGGCGGCAACCGAGUUGACACGUUGGCCUCCUUGCAGUGGAAGAAAAAUACCAAUUGGUGACGCUAAUGCGCCAUUAAGCUGGUUUGUCAACUGCCAAAGAGGAAGGACAACAUGCCCAAAACACGACUGUACCGAAUGAUGCUGAUGUCGUGUUUUGUGCCUGCUCGCAGGUUAGGCGAGGGGCAACAUUUGUAUUGUUGUGUGUUUAUUACAAUACUGUUAAUUGCACUGAAAUGCUAUGAAAAAAUGUUUAAAAAAUAAAUCAAUAUUUUUUUGUAGAACGGAUUAAUUGCAUUUGAAUUGCUUUCAAUGGGGAAAGACAAUUUGAGAUACGGGCGUGAUCACAGAACGAAUUAAACUCGUAUCGCAAUGCACUACUAUUUUCUUUAUCCUCCGCGAAGACAACAUCCGAUAUUACUAACUACGAACUAAUGUUACCGCUAAGGAGUUGUGCCGACAUCUCCUCCGUUUGCGUGUAUGUCUGCUUUAUACUGCCCCCAGGUGGCCAAGGAAGGAGCAUUCUUUUGACUGAAUUAUGUUGCUGCUGUAUGUUUUCAUCAAGUAUAAUAUUAUAUAUAUAUUUUUUUUUACAUUAUAUAAUAUAUAUGCAUUUUUUCCCAUGAAAAACACAUUCAAAACAGUGUUUUAUUUGCGUCGAUUGUUUUACGAGCGACUGCAGUCGUUUAUGUAACGUGCGUUCAUGAUUGCGUACAUGCUAGAUGCACGCUGUUGAUGCUGUGCUGACGACCGUGUUGUUUUUCUUUACGGACUUGACUUGGGGGAGGGGCUAUAUGAUGACAUCACGUCCCGCUACGCGGGGGUUCACGAAGGUUACGGACGUGACCGGGAAGUCACCUGCUCGUUGAUGACGGCGUCCAGCCGCUUCACGCACGCCUGGCAGAA